AUGUGCUGCAUAUUUGCCGUACUUCUCUUAUUUCCUAUUUUCAAUGUGAAUUCUAUUGGAACGAAUUAUAGUUGUUCAUUGGAAUCUGGGUUAGUUCUUAUUUUUCCUAAAAUUUUAUAAAUUGAAAAUGUUGGUUUUUGUAGAGAAAUAUUCAAUGACCAGGCAGAUUUUGGAUAUUUGGCCCCACGACUUCCAAUUCAUAAAAUUUGCCAAGGAAACUCUGAACUCGUAUGUUCAGAUGAGCUCACUUUUUGCACCGGAAAAAAUAUAUUUUUCGAUUUUUCAAACCUGAAAAUCUCACAAAAAUCUGCAAGAUAUCGAGAUGAUGUGAUUGGCCCAGGAAAUGUUGGAGGAUUUUGUAAUGAAAGUUUUGACAAAAACUUAUUGGAUGGAAAUUUGAAUUAUCCGGGAUAUUUGACAAGCUGGUGAGUUUGAUAAACAAGGUUUUUUUUCUAAAAAAAAUUUUUUUUUAGGUCUGAUGAGUUGAAACAUUUUGUGAGCGUGGAAAAUGCAAUGGAAAAUUGUGAUGUGAUUUUUGAAAAGCCAACAAUUUUAAUGAAACUUGAUGCAGCAAAUAAUAUGUAUCAUCAUUUUUGUGAUUUCAUUAAUCUCUAUGCGUCGCUUCACAUAAAUCAAAGUUUUUCGCAAGAUGGUAACGUUAUUUGGUGGGAUACGGUAGGUGGUUUUGAAAAAUCGCUUUCCAAACAAACCAAAAAUAAUCAAACAUUUUUUUUCAGCACCCCGAAGGAUAUUUGGAUCAAAUGUUUGGCAUAACUUGGAAAGCAUUCAGCAAUAACACACCUAUUGAACUCAAGUCCUUAGACCAGAAAAAAGUAUGUUUCAAAAAUGUGAUGCUCCCACUUUUGGCUCGCCAAAGAGAUGGUUUAUUCUACAAUUCACCAAUUGUUCCCGAAUGUUCAAAAUCUGAACUUUUCUCGAAUUUCUCGGAUUUUAUUUUGGAUCGACUUCUAAUUCCAAAACAUCAAGCAGAGCUCGAAAAAGUUAGAAUUGUUAUUUUGUCAAGAUCAACGAGUUAUAGAAGAAUUUUAAAUAUCAGAGAGGUUAGUUUUUCAAAAAUUUUAUUUAAAAAAUAA